AUUCUGAAUACACUCAAUUUAGUCACAUGUAUGUUCGUUAUCAUAAUUCAUUACUAAAACAAACAAACUCCUCACCUGAUUGUACGGCUGGUUCGGCACGAAUAGUAUACCCGGAGUUGACCAUGCACAAGCGCAAGCACAUCCUGGUGAUCAGCUUCCCAGCGCUUGGUCACUACCUCCCACUGCUGGAGUUAGCCAAGCGAUUAGUCGCACACCACGAGAUCACCGUGACCUAUUCCCAGGCCAACCUUUCCAAUCUGGAGCGGCGCCAUAUUCUCCCUCCUGCCCCGAUCAAACUACUCCCCUUGGCUGACCAACUCACGACAGAUUUCGAAGAGGGCGUCAACGAUGUCAAACAGAUCGUCAAGACCAUGGAUUCAACGGAAUUAUUCUAUCCUGAUUUCUGCCGAAAUCUCCCGCAAAGCUGCAAUCAGCCUAUAGACGCGGUCAUUAUCGACAGCGUAUUCUAUGCCACCUUCAGCCCGUUACAAGAAGUAAAGGUCAAAGUGUACAGUUUCAACGCAUUCCCCAUCAGUAUGACCCUUAAACGCUUGAUGAUUACGGACAGCACACCCACUGUUGCGGAUAAUGAAUAUUUUACGAAGGGUUGGGCGGGUGUUCCGCAAUCAUUGAAGGUCUUAGCGAUGAAGGUGAACAAAAGCAUGGAUCACAUGGAGACAAUGAUUUUUUCCUCGUUUGAAGAUCUGGAACCAGGUGCGGUGGAAACGUUAAAGAAAUUCAAGCCAAACCUCGAUGUCAAGUUUGUGGGACCUCUUCUGCAUUUCAACGAACACGUUCCAGAUAAUAAGGUCACUGAUUUCUUGGACCGGAAAUUGGCUCGAUCAGUUGUCUACGUUUCCUUCGGAACUGUUGCCAUAAUGUCGGCGGAACAGAUUGCACAAGUCGCAGAGGCGCUUCUAUCUCUUAAGCGGCCUUUUAUUUGGUCGCUUCGACCGGCCCAGUUGGAGCUACUUCCAUCAAAGAUCACUCAUGCAACGGAUGAUCAUCUUAUCUUGCCGUGGGUUCCGCAAAAACAUAUCUUGUCUCACAAAGCCACGGCCGUGUUCGUCAGUCAUUGUGGAUGGAACAGUACACUAGAGGCACUGUCGUAUGGCAUUCCCAUUGUUGCCUGGCCGAGUUUUGGUGAUCAGUUAGUCAACGCAGCGCUGGUGGAGAAACUGGAAACCGGUUUGAUGAUAAAAAGUCGCAACACUGUUUCCUCUGACGAGAUUGUGGGGACCAUUGAAAAGGUCGCGGGGUGGAACGGCAGCGCUGAUCGGUAUGCACAGAAUGCGGAAGAGCUAAAGGUCAAGGCUAUGAUGGCGGUGGCUCCUGAUGGGAAAUCUACGCAAGAUUUAUUGCAGAUAGUGAAAGACGUUUAAGCUGCUUUGUUCGCGGAGUACGCGCUUUUAUGUGUCUAAUCACCAAGAUUUACAGAAAAAUUAGAUUGAAUUAGUCAGAAGAAUUUUCGGUGCAAAGACUUCAUAGGAGUAGCGCUUCUGUUUUGUUUUGUCAGAAAAAUCUCCUUCUUCUGCUCAACAAAUAUCUGCCCGAAAGUUUGA